AUGCAUCAAGGACGCUAUUCCUCAUCGGCAUUACUAUUGCUCUUUGCUUCCAUUAUAGUUGGAUUUGUUGUACCUCCUGUAGUUGCUGCCCAAAUUCACCUAUUCAAAUCGAAAGAGGAAGCCCUGGCCUACUGUAACAACCCUAAAUCGAUGAUCGAAGGUGAAAACUCUCAACAGGCCAAUUACGCCUAUGGUGUAGUGUAUCCAGAUCAACAAGGCAACGAUGUUUUCUACAAUUGUGGCGAUAAAAACGAGUAUCCAACCGGCGUUAAUAGGUCCAAAAAAGAUUGUAAAAAGGCCUCGAUUAAAUACAAGGAUACGCCGGAGCCAGCCUUACGUUAUGAAUGCAUUUGGAGUGGUAGAUGGGUCCUUGUACAAUGCAACCCAGGAGAUGGUCGUCCACCUUGUAUACCUCUAGAGCUUAAGGACUAUGUACAGAGCCAUCCAGAGCUUCUUCGUGCUUUGCUAAAGCAACAAGCAUUCAGCUCUGAUGAUGUUAUGCAUAAAUUCCAGGAGGUUGAAGAUUCUUAUUCCAAGGCGGAUAAAAAGCUGCACGAGAUCUUACGUGGUGCAUUAUCCUAUUACCAUCACUCCAAACAGAAAUUGGUGGAUGGAAUUAGCAGCUUUUUCGGUACCCAAACCAAUUAA